AUGGCUUCUAGGCAUGAUAGCAGUUCAAGUGAUGAACAUGAAACAUCUCUUAACACAAGCGAUGGGGAUAAGAAGAUUUACCAUCGCCACACUACUCAUCAAAUUCAAAGGCUCGAAGCGUAUUUCAAGGAGUGUCCUCAUCCAGAUGAGUCGCAGCGACUUAGGUUGGGAGAAGAACUGAAACUUAAAGCAAACCAAAUCAAAUUUUGGUUUCAAAAUAAAAGAACACAAACCAAAACUCAGAAUGAAAAAGCAGCCAAUGCAGCACUAAGAACAGAGAAUAUGAAUAUAAGACGCGAGAACGAAGCAAUGCAAGUGGCAUUGAACACAGUGACUUGCCCUCCAUGUGGUGGCCCUCUUCCUGGGCAAGGAGAACGCACACUCGAUCUCCAAAACCUCCGUACACAAAACACAUAUCUUAGACAAGAGCGUGACAGGUUGUUAAAUCUGGUAAACACGAGCGAAGGUCACUCAAACCCUACCAUCAAUGCGUUGGCCUAUCUCCAUGGUCCACCAUUGUACCCAUCAGCUUCCAACAAUCCAUAUAUCACAUAUGGAACCUCUUCCAACCAUCUCGUGGAACCAUACUCUCGUGAACGUAUAAACAUCGCCAAGCCAACUCAUCCACGAAAGCCGCUAUCUGACAUGGAGAAAGCGAAGAUGACUGAAGCAAUGGUAAGUGCCGUAACGGAGGUGGUAAAUCUGAUUCGAACAGAAGAUCUCAUUUGGAUCAAGUCGUCAAUUGAUGAUAGGCUCGUCAUUGAUCAAAAGUACUAUGAGGCAAAAUUUAUCAAGUCUAGCCAUUUUAAGAUUCCAAAUGCUCGUAUUGAGUCUUCCAAAGAAGUCGUGCUGAUUCAAAUGAAUGCUCAAGACUUGGUGGAUAUGCUCUUACAUACGGAGAAAUGGGCGAAUCUGUUCUCAACAAUUGUGAGUGAAGCUCAAACGAUUCACAUGCUGGACUCCAUAGAUCUGCAAGGAAAAUACGUCCCGAAAUUGGUGUAUGAACAACUGCACAUACUGUCGCCAUUGCUGCCACCGAGAGAGUUUAGGAUCUUAAGAUCUUGCCGACAACUGGAGGAAGAUUUAUGGGUGAUUGCUGAUGUGUCGUACCAUGAAGUAGAUCAAUUUAAGACUCCAGUUUGCUCUAAACGUCCCUCUGGUUGCCUCAUCGAAGCCUUGCCCCAUGAUUUCUCUAAGGUGACGUGGAUGGAGCACGUGGAAGUAGAUGACAAAGUGCGGACACAUCGGAUUUACAAAGACCUCUUAUGCGGCGGCUUUGGCUACGGUGCCCGCCGUUGGACCACUACUCUUAAGAGAAUGUGUGAGAGGCUGUCUCUCGGCAACGUCUCUGCCUUUCCCCUUACCGACCACCCAGGAGUCGUGCAAACCAUAAAAGGAAGGAGAAACAUCAUGAAUUUAGGAGAAAGAAUGUUAAAGGAUUUCGCAUGGAUGCUAAAAAUGCCCGAAAAGUCAGGUUUUCCGCAACAGAAUACAACCAGUAGUAGCGGAGUAAGGAUUUCGACGCGGGUAAUCAACAAAGCAGGUCAACCGCCCAGCUUCAUUGUCUGCGCUGGUAUGUCUUUAUGUCUCCCUACCGCUCCUCUCCAGGUCUACAACGUCCUCAAAAAUGUUGAGGUUCGCCACCAGUGGGACAAGUUCUGCGAAAGUAGUUUGGUCACUGAAGUCGCUCGCUUUGUCACUGGAGGAGACAAUAAUAAUUGUGUGAAUAUCCUCCGUCCUUCAAGUACAACGAAUAAUGGCGCCUUGAUGAUGAUAAUCCAAGACAGCUUCAUAGAUGCUUUAGGAGGUAUGGUGGUCUACGCACCAGUGGACGUACGCACAGCAGAAGCUGUCUUUUCAGGCAAUGCAAACCCUUCAGACGUUCAAAUCCUCCCAUCCGGUUUCAUCAUAUCCCGUGACGCCCGUCCUCCUUCCGCCGCCGAUGAGCUAGACGGUGGCCUCGACAAUUGUAAGACGAUCCUCACGGUGGCUUUCCAGAUUCUCACCGGUGGUUCGACUAAUUUUGUUGAAGGACAAAUGGAGGAGUGGACCACCUAUAUCAAUUACUUGAUUAGCUCCACUAUUCAAACGGUUAAAGUCAUGCUUAACUGCAAUGAUGGUCAGUGA